CGUGACGACGGCAGUGACGACACUUCCGGGUUGUGAGGCAAGGAGGGGGUUCCUCCGCAGUAAGGCACUGCAGGCAGGGAGAGAGGGAGAGAGAAAGAGAGAGAGGGCUCCCGAAGCGGAAAUGUGAGGGGAAGGCCCAAGGCUUGUUUUGACAGGGAACACAAGGGGAUGAGGCAUUCUUGGUAGCCUUAGGCGGAAUGCGCCCUUUAACGGCAGCGUGAGGGGCUGCUUGGAUAGGCGCGCGCUGAAGAGCUGCUUGGGAGACGCGCGCGCGCGCCAGGGGCGGCUUGAAAGGCGCGCGCACCAAGGGGCUGAUUGGGAGGCGCGCGCCCCAAACCCACCAAAAAUCCGCCAGGGUCCUGAAUAGUUUCUGAGGGGCGCCCAUUUUGCCCUCGUGACGUCAGGGAAGCGUCCCGUUAGGCUGCUAUUUCCUUCAGGAAGGGUAGAAGGGAGGGAGCUCUCUCCCUGAAGUGAAGGGCACCGUUGGCGACUUCCCUCCGCCUCCUUCGGCGCGUCAUCAGGCCCCGCCAGUGACACUCGCCAGGGCCGAGGAGGGAGGAGGAGGAGGAGGAAGAGAGGCUCCUGGCAACGCAGCCUCCUCCUCCUUCUCCUCUCCCAGUCGACUUUCAGCCCGUCCUCUGCCGGCUCAGCAGCCUCCUCCUUCCUCGCUGGCUCCAUGUGUUGCCCGCUGCCUCUCCCUCCUCCUCCUCCUCGCGCCGCCCGGGGCUGAGCCGGGCCCGCUUCCCUAUGGAGUCUCCCCCGCACAACGGCGGCGGCGGCGGCGGAGGGCACUUGUUGGGCGGCUUCAACAGCAGCGGCGGCGGCGCCGAUCUCGGCAGCCCCCACCCAGUUGGCGGCGCGGCCUCCUCGGCGGUGCCUUCCUCCCCUCCUCCGCCGCCGCUGCCCGGCUUCGGCACGCCUUGGUCGGUGCAGACCUCCUCGCCGCCGCCUCCCCCAGCGCCCAGCGCCGCCAUGGCCCCGCCGCCCAGCCCGGAGCCGCCCGAGAACGGAAGCGGCAACAGCAGCUUCUACGCCGCCGGAGGGAUGCCGUCGUCCAUCAACCCGGCGUUCUUCCAGAGCUUCUCCCCGGUGUCGACUCACGCCGGCUCCAUGGGGCCCUUCGGCAGCCCCUUCUCCACCGCACCGCCGCCGCCGCAGAUUAAUGUCCCUCAGCAGCAGCAGCAGCAGCAGCAACCGGCGAGGCGCUCCCCGGUGAGCCCGCAGCUCCAGCAGCAGCACCAUCAGCACCAGGCGGCCGUGGCGGCGGCGGCUUUCCUCCAGCAGCGGAACUCCUACAACCACCACCAGCCUCUACUGAAACCAUCACCGUGGAGCAACCAUCAAAGUAGUGGAUGGAGCACAGGAAAUAUGUCCUGGGGAAGCAUGCAUGGUAGAGACCAUCGUAGAACUGGAAAUAUGGGAAUUCCGGGAACUGUGAACCAGAUCUCUCCCUUAAAGAAGCCGUUUUCCGGUAACGUCAUAGCUCCCCCUAAAUUUACUCGUUCUGCUCCAUCACUGACUCCAAAAUCUUGGAUUGAAGAUAAUGUUUUCCGAACAGACAACAACAGUAAUACACUCUUACCCUUACAGGUAAGAAUGGAUCGAAACAGAAUGUAUGACAGCCUGAAUAUGCAUUCAUUGGAAAAUUCCCUCAUUGACAUAAUGAGAGCUGAGCAUGACCCUCUUAAAGGGCGUUUGAAUUAUCCAUAUCCAGGAACUGACAAUCUUCUAAUGUUGAAUGCAAGGAGUUAUGGGCGAAGACGAGGUCGUUCUUCCCUCUUUCCAAUAGAUGAUGUCUUGCUGGAAGAUGGUCAUAGUGAUCAAGUGGGUGUGAUAAAUUCCCCUGCCUGCUAUUCUGCUCAUCAGAAUGGAGAGCGAAUAGAACGUUUCUCUCGGAAGGUGUUUGUUGGUGGUCUUCCUCCAGACAUUGAUGAAGAUGAAAUCACCGCUAGCUUCAGACGAUUUGGACCUCUAGUAGUUGAUUGGCCCCACAAAGCAGAAAGCAAAUCAUAUUUUCCACCAAAAGGUUAUGCAUUCCUCCUUUUCCAAGAGGAGAGUUCUGUUCAAGCGCUGAUUGAUGCCUGCAUAGAAGAAGAUGGAAAGCUUUAUCUGUGUGUUUCCAGCCCCACUAUCAAGGAUAAGCCAGUUCAGAUCCGUCCUUGGAAUUUAAGUGAUAGUGACUUUGUGAUGGAUGGUUCACAGCCUCUUGAUCCUCGAAAAACCAUUUUUGUUGGUGGUGUUCCCAGACCAUUGCGAGCUGUGGAAUUGGCUAUGAUAAUGGACCGUCUCUAUGGUGGAGUUUGUUACGCAGGAAUCGAUACAGAUCCUGAACUAAAGUACCCAAAAGGUGCUGGGCGAGUUGCUUUUUCCAAUCAACAGAGCUACAUUGCUGCCAUUAGUGCUCGGUUUGUUCAGCUUCAACAUGGUGAUAUUGAUAAAAGAGUGGAGGUAAAGCCAUAUGUGUUGGAUGAUCAGAUGUGUGAUGAAUGCCAGGGGGCACGAUGUGGUGGAAAGUUUGCUCCCUUUUUUUGUGCCAAUGUCACUUGCCUGCAGUAUUACUGUGAGUUUUGCUGGGCAAACAUCCACUCUCGGGCAGGACGUGAAUUCCAUAAGCCAUUGGUUAAGGAGGGGGCUGACCGCCCGCGCCAGAUCCACUUCCGCUGGAACUGAGCCUGGCUUUCCAGCAUCUCCUUAAGGAAGGAAGGGUGCAUGUGGCUUACUGUAUUUGAAGAUAUAGACAUGCAGAAGAAAUAAGUGCAUUCUUCUGCUUCUCACCCCAACUCUCAAUACAUGCAUCUUUUUCAGCAGUCAAAACACUACAAAGCCUCUUGUUUUUCACCAAAACCCUACAUCUCAGGCUCACUAAUUUUUGUGAUAUUUUCAUGUUAAAAUAAAAAAAAAGUUUUUUUGUAUUUCUCCAACUUAUUUUUAUAUGUAAUAUUAAAACUAGAUAAGAGAAUGUUUUUUGCAUAGGGGCGCAUUGUCUGCUGCUGCUAUAUUUAGAGGGUGAAGCGUGCACUUAUUUCUAAACAUGGGUUUUUAACUUCAACAUCUGCCCCUGUAAUUUACCAAAGGUAGCAAAAAUAGUGAAGAUGGAAUAUGUCUGCUACAAAAAAGCUUAUUUUUAUUGUUGUUGCUAUUUUCAGUGUAUGCAUCAAUUAAAAAAAUAAGGUUGAUUUUUUGCUCUCCAUUUUGACUUGCAAGAAAUAAUACCUCAAGAUAAUCUGAUUUAUUAGCUAUUUUUAAACAUUUAUAAUCACAAGCUGAAUUAGCUUUGCUGCUAUAUAGGUGUUGUGUGUAAUGCCACCUAUUAAUACGGGAUUGAAACGUUUUAAGAUACACUGCAUUACAGAUUAAAAUGCAGGCAGCACAAUAUGGCAUAACCUGCCAUAGUUUUAGAAUGUGAAAAUUGCAUGUUUACUUAUUUGUAUACACCGUAUGCAUGCACUAGAUCUAACAAAAAAAAUGCAUUAUUGCAAAUGUUUUUUAGGCUCUGGAAACUAGGUAGCAUGAGCAGAUUGCAAAAAUUGUAACAAGAGACUUGCAUGCAUUAUUGUGACUCAAGCUUUUUUUCUGAAAAAUGUCCUACAUGUGUACAAUAUGCAAAUUAGUUUUAGAUUAGAACGUGCAGCCCUUUUGUGACCUGGUUGGUAGUGGAAUUCGAUUUUCGCAGACUGGAUGUAGUAUUGUAAACCCUGUGCAACUUUGUGGUGUGUGGUUCUAAUUGGUGUGAAGUGGUAUAGCAUAGACACAAGUUUGAGUAAAAAAAAGUUUUUUUUCUAAAAAAAUUAAUAUUAUUAAUUUCACCCUCUUUAAUUGUUCAUGGUUAAAACUCCCCCUAUAAACCAAAGAUGGCCAGCCCACUGCUAACCAGUCACCAAAUGGGAAACUACUGAGAAAUGAGCAGGAAAAUGUGCUCAUGCAAGAAAAUAGAACACUUUAGUAAUAAAAAGUAAACAAAGUCAAAAUGGAGAUGGUGUAAUAUAAAGACAGCUAGUUGCAAAUCUGUAUUGUACCGUUGAGACAACAGUGAAUCUGGCUCAAACUGUGUGUGCUUUUAUGACCUUGGGCAUUUUGGGAUCUUCUGUCAAACUGGGUCGCUGUUGCAUGAAAUGGAGUUCAUUGUCUGGCAUAGUGUUUAAUUUUGAUGAAGGAGUUCUAAGUAAUGACAUUACUCGCACGAUUUUGGGAGGAAAAGUGAUGUUAAUACAAGAAAUCCAGUAGCAGUGUUUUAGUCCAUCUCUGAACAUUUUAAUGCAGCUAUAGCCCUUACGUUUUAAUAGAAAGAGCUACUCUGUAGUUUUACGUUUCAGCAAGCACCUAAAAAAAGCGAACGCCGAACUGAAAGUCUUGCUCCAAGAGAGAAGUUUCUAAGGGUUAUGCUCUUGGCAACCCCUUGAGGACAAUCCUUCACAUAAGCAAAGUGUUGCUCUUAUACUGGUUGUCUGCAAUGUGGUUUUUGUACUGUUCGAUAAUAUGUGGUUCUUGUCUAACUCUGCUGUUAUGUUGUGGCUGUGGCUCAAGUUUUUAAAAGUUUUGAAGUUGACGCUGUUUUAAAAAAAGAGCUUUUUAACUGAUUUAUUUGUCAGUGUACCUAUUUAUUACUUAACCAUGAUCCUCCAGAUAUUUUGGAGUAUUCUUUUCUAACCUUAAACCCUGCCAAACCUUGAUCCAUUUUUGACAUUUGUUAUGCACUAUUUUUAUAUCUCUGAGAGAGAUCCUUUUUUCCAACUAGUCAGCUAUUUUAUGGCACACUUUUUUUGACUGACGACAUCUCCUUUGCUAUACCUCAAUUUUUGGAAUUUAGAAAGAAAACAAAAUCAAUAGUUUUGCAAUGUUAAUUAGUUAGAUAUAAUUUAAUUUUUGCAGAUCUUUUUAACUUUAUUUUCAUAUUUCUUGCUUGAAGUUUAAAAAGCGCCUUUACAUGUUUUAAAUAAUGAAAAUGAAUAUGGAAGAAUCGUACACAACUGAAAUAUAAUUGGAGAUGUUGAAAACCCUUU